AUGAAGAUGGGGAGCCUCUCCUCCUUUUACGUCUCUCUGUGGUUGCUGUUCGCAGCAGUGAUACUCAAAGCUGUAGAAUCAGCCAAAGGGAAAUACGCUCACAUGCUGUUUAAUGAACUGUUUGAAGACUACUCCAAUGCUCUGAGACCAGUGGAAGACACAGAUAAAGUACUGAAUGUCACCCUUCAGAUCACGUUGUCCCAAAUUAAAGACAUGGAUGAAAGGAACCAAAUUUUGUCAGCUUACUUAUGGAUUCGACAGAGCUGGUAUGAUGCAUACCUCAGAUGGGACAAAGAUAAAUAUGAUGGGUUGGAUUCCAUCAGGAUUCCAAGCAAUUUGGUUUGGAGACCAGAUAUUGUCCUAUAUAACAAGGCUGAUGAUGACUUUUCAGAACCAGUAAAUACUAAUGUAGUGCUGAGAUAUGACGGAAAAAUCACUUGGGAUGCACCUGCUAUCACAAAGAGCUCUUGUGUAGUGGAUGUGUCUUAUUUUCCUUUUGACAGCCAGCAGUGCAACCUUACCUUUGGGUCCUGGACCUAUAAUGGUAAUCAGGUAGACCUCAUCAAUUCUCUUGAUAGUGGUGACCUCUCUGACUUCAUAGAAGAUGUGGAAUGGGAGAUUCAUGGAAUGCCAGCAGUUAAGAAUGUCAUCACUUAUGGCUGCUGCUCUGAGCCUUAUCCAGAUGUGACCUUCACGCUGAUUUUGAAAAGGAAGUCCUCUUUCUACAUAUUUAAUCUGUUGCUUCCCUGCAUUUUGAUCUCUUUCCUGGCCCCACUGGGAUUCUAUCUCCCUGCAGACUCUGGUGAGAAAGUGUCUCUGGGUGUUACAGUUCUUCUUGCUCUGACUGUGUUCCAGCUGAUGGUUGCAGAGAUCAUGCCCCCAUCUGAAAAUGUACCUUUGAUAGGGAAGUACUACAUAGCAACGAUGACCAUGAUCACAGCUUCCACUGCAUUGACAAUCAUUAUAAUGAAUCUCCAUCAUUGUGGCUCAGAAGCAAAGCCUGUUCCACAGUGGGCCAAGGUGGUUAUUUUGGACUAUAUGUCAAAAAUCUUUUUUGUUUAUGAUGUGGGUGAAAAUUGCACAAGUCCGAAAAGAGAGAAGGAAGAAGAAUGUAGGUUAGAGGGGGAUGAUGGGGGUCAGAGGAGGCACAAAGAGGUAGGGAGUCCUCUUUCCACUAGGAAUGAUGACUGCAAUCUCAAGGAGAAGCUCAAUGGAAAUUGGAAUAAAAGCUAUGGAGUCCAUGGUGAAAAUGCUAAUUGCUGUUCUUGUUACAAAAUGCUGAUUAAAAAUAUUGAGUAUAUUGCUAAUUGUGUUAGAGAUCAUAAAGCAAACCGGGCCAAAGGAAUUGAGUGGAAAAAAGUUGCAAAAGUGAUGGACAGGUUUUUCAUGUGGAUUUUCUUUAUCAUGGUGUUUUUUAUGAGUGUGCUGAUCAUUGGGAAAGCUGCUUAA